AUGCCGAGCCUUCCGGUCGAAAUCUUGCAGAUCAUCUUCUAUUUCGCCUGUCAGGGCGACGGGGUCACUGCUCAGUCGUUGUCUCUAACAUCCCGGCAUUUUCUCGCCGUUGUCGAACCGUGGCGCUUCCAAAGCAUCGUCCUACGGGGAAAGGCGCAGAUCCACGCCUGUACCGCGACUCUCAGAUGCCGGCAACUCAAAGCCAAGCCUCAAACCGUCCUGCAUCUAUGCGUCUUCUACGAGCAGAGUACAUUUUGGCGCGACUGGAUCCAGUUAUACGCUAAUAACCCCGAACACCGGAAGGACCGGGAGGCCCGCGAGAAAUGGCUAACUAGGUCGCGGUUCCUCCAGAAAUAUACCUACCUUGAAGCUCGAGAUAUCCAUCUCGCUGUCAAGGAGCUAUUGUCACUGGUGGCGAGCACGUUGAUCACAUGCGCUUUGAUCGGGGAGGAUUGGGAGCCGCUUUAUAUCGAGCAGUACGCUAUCGACGCGUACUUCCCGGCCCUCCAAGCUCUGUGGAUUCCCGACAUCAUGCGGUGGGACACACGCCGCGGGAUCUUGUUCCCCUCCUUGCGUUUCAUACACGUUCGCUACCCAGCUACAAUCGAUGAACUCUACCAACCUGAGGUCAACGAGGCACUUGCCGCCCUCUGCAACCCCGAGAUACCCCACGUCCGCCUGACUUGCAUGUGUGCGUGCUUUUUAAGAUGGGCCAAGAACAUUGACAUCUACUACUCGGCGCCUGGGCCGAUAACCGCAGGCCGUGAUUGGUUCAACCUCGACAUCUCGGCUUGGUGGGCCGGCGCGGGUUGCUUGGAACUCGGCAUAUCGGACAUACAUGACCUGUCGUGCCACAGCGACGGUCACAUCUUCGGGAGAGCUAUCCACAACGGCAGAUACUGCGUCGUCAACUCGGAGUCCUGCGCGUAUAAGCAAGAGGAUGACGUGCCCGAAGAGUGGAAUAAGUAUAUACACCACUGGUUCGAGGGCACAAACUAUUCGAGCAGUUCAUCGCUCGCCGAAGACGUCACUCAGUUUUACCCAUGGGAGCGCAUCCAACGUCGUUGCCUCAGCUGUCCCCGCUGCAUCAAACAUAUGCCACGGCGGAUCCUAGGUCCUAUGACACCACCGCCGUGGUUCGGCACGUUCGAUCUCGACACAUCUCAUUAUUCACUACCACAAGGCUCUCCCCGCAUCCUCCUGCCCAUGUAA